AUGCGCUGCGUAAUACGAAACAGCCCUCGCGAGGCCGGGAAACUCUUGCGCGUUGAGUACAUCGGAGGCGGAAUCAGAGUCAAAGUCGAAUUCGCGAAAGGAGAGGAGAAACAAAAACCGCGCAGCUCGAGCCGCGACCGGGACAGAGGCCGCACAAGAGGCUUCGUCGUCAUCAGGGGCGACAGCCGCAGAUUCGACAGCUCUGCGAAAUGCCACGCGAAAGUGUUGGAAUUUCGCGAAUCAGGUGAUUCGUUCGUGUCCGGAAGCGCAAAUGUAGCGGAAUCGAAGCCGGAUAACAGCCCGCGAGAAAAUAGUCUGUCGAUCGCGAGAACAACCCGUGUUCGCAAAACCAAACGAGUUCGGCUGUCGAAAUCUAAUCCGUUUGUCUGCUGCGGUUUAGUUGAGUUGUCGUCGCGCGAAAGCCUAAAAUUAGCUAAAUUCUUGAAGGAUCAUAUAGAAGCGAUCUACGCGGAAGUCGAUAAAAUGUUAGCGGCAGGAAUUAUUGAACCAUCUAAAAGCGAGUGGUCAAGUCCGAUCCAAGAAGGGCUUAAAGUAGAUCCUGACAAGACCGCACCGAUUGUCGAAUAUCCGCCACCGAAAAAUAUCAAACAGUUACGACGUUUUAUAGGGAUGGCGUCUUUGUAUCGCCGAUUUAUACCGCAAUGUGCAACGCGUUUAGAACCGCUAACUCGUUUCCUCCGGAAGAAUUUCUCUUGGGAGUGGGGGGAUGAACAAAAAUCUGCAUUCGAAUCAAUUAAAUCGUGCAUUACGUCGCCGCCUACGCUGUCGUGUCCGAAUUUCGAACUGCCGUUUACGCUGCAAACGGACGCUAGUUCGGUUGGUUUAGGAGCAGUUUUGACACAGGAAUCGGAAGGCGUGGAACAUGUAAUCGCGUUCGCGAGUAGAGCGCUGUCGGAGGCCGAAAAGGAAUACUCUACGACCGAGCAGGAAUGUUUGGCUGUCGUCUGGUCGAUUAAAAAGUUUAGACCGUAUCUUGAAGGAUACAAUUUUAAAGUCAUCACAGAUCAUAGCAGCCUACGAUGGUUACAUAAUUUAAAAAAUCCUACAGGCCGUUUAGCACGAUGGGCUCUAGAAUUAUUAGAGUACGAUUAUACGAUCGGAAAGGAGCAUUACAUCAUGUUCCUGACGCGUUGUCGCGUACGAGACUACCGACGAAUUAUGUGCUGUCGCAAUUACCGGAGACACUUGGUUGUCAACGAUCUCGAGCAGUGGAAGCUAGUACUUCCUAAAGAAGCGCGCGCGAACGUUAUUAACGAGGCCCACGAUGUUCCGCAAUCGGGUCAUUUAGAAGUCGAGAAAACAUAUCAGCGUGUAGCGACGCGAUAUUUCUGGCCGCGUAUGUUUAAGGAGAUCGCCAAUUAUGUUCGACAUUGUGACAUUUGUCAAAGAACGAAGGUAGAGCAAAAUGUGCCGAUGGGUUUGAUGGGACGCCGAGUUGUUGAAACUCCGUGGACGGUAGUAGCAGCGGAUAUUAUGGGUUCUUUUCCGCCGAGUAAAAGCGGUAACGCAUAUAUUCUAGGCGCGCCGCGAGUACUCUUGACGGACAACGGCACGGAAUUUAUCAAUCGCGAAUUGCAGGCGUUUGCGGACGAACACGGCAUAGUUCACUCUACGGUACCUCCGUACCAUCCGCAGGCUAAUCCGGUAGAGCGAGUCAAUAGGAUACUCAAAACUAUGAUUACGGCAUUUCUCGAGAAUGAUCACCGUGAAUGGGAUAUACACUUGGCUGAGUUCCGAUUCGCUUAUAAUACGACGUAUCAUACUUCUUUACAAGCUACUCCAGCAUUUUUGAAUUUCGGCAGAGAACCACCGCCGGUUAACACCGUGCGUGGGAGGCAGCAGCCAGCCGUCGAGGUCGCGGAGACGAAUCCCGCGAAUUGGAAAGAGCGCAUAGAAAGAAUUCAGGCUUUACGGAAUUGGGUAGUAGAAAAUUUAGAGGCUGCGCAUAGUAAACAGACGCAUUAUUACAAUUUGCGAAGACGAGAUCACCGUUUUGCGAUAGGCGAGCAAGUUCUGAAGCGGCAGCAUGUACUGUCGUCAGCCGCUCAGAAUAUUUCGGCGAAAUUAGCGACUAAGUACCACGAUCCGUUUACUAUCGCGAAAAUGUUGACGCCGGUAGUGUACGAAUUACAUGAUAGCGCUCAGAGAUCAAUAGGCAAAGUACAUAUAAAGGACCUGAAAUCAUAUAACGUUCCACCUAAUCUCCCAGACAACUAA